AUGUCGAGCAAGCAAUCCCGACACUCCUCCUCUACCUCUUCGCCGUCGUCCCCCCCAUCCAACCACAGCUCUAAGCUUCCCAAAUUCCUCCAGAAGUCGACCAGAGACAGAUCCAAAUCGCUCGUCGAUCCAGGCCACAAUGCAAGCAGCAGUUCGUCUUCGAGCUCGUCGAACUCGCCUCCGUCACCAGAAACGUCGAAGGCAGGCCGAAAGGCGUCAAAGAAAGGGUCUAUGUUGAAGGAAUGGGAGGAAGAGCAGCACCCAGUGUCGCCGGACGUCGAUAUCCCUCAGGGCGGCGAGGUUGCAGACGAAACGCCCGUCAUCGUCGAGCCCGUUAACAUUCCCCGCCCACGCACACGUUCAGAGCGACCGAUGUCGGAAAACUACCCCUCUGUUGCGUAUUAUCCCUCUUCGUCCUCUUCGCGCCUGUCCGAUAUACCCACCCGGCUUUCGGGCUGGUUUUCUCACACCUUCAGCUCAUCGACCACAGACCUGUCCCUGCCAGCAUUGCUCUCGCAGCAGCAUUUAGCGUCUUCUACGUCGUCGCCGAAGGGUAAGGGUUCUGCGCUGCUCACUGCUGCGCGGCACGGCAAGGGUCACAUCGACAAGGCGAUGCGCUAUCUUCUCGAUAGUGACUCUACCCCUGAUAAAUGCUCCGACCCGAUCUGGUUACUCGGCGUCGAGCACGCAGGCUACGAGCCUCCACCAGCACCCCCACCAUUUACCGCAUCGAAGCGGAACGCGAGCGUCGGCCGUCGCAACUCGAUAGACUCGCGCCGAUCGCCGUCAUCUGUUAGUUCCUCCGCCUCCUCGCCUAUCGCUCCCUCUAGCUUUCCGGGGGACCCUUCGCUCUCUCAAUCACAUCCAACCGUGUUGUCGCCAUCCAAGGACAAGGACCCGUCGCGAAAUUGGCCGCCGGCGUUUUAUGCCGACUUUACAUCUCGCAUAUGGCUCACGUAUCGAUCUCAGUUCUUGCCCAUACGAGAUACAUCACUUUCGGCUCUGGAGUCGGACGUAGGGGAGGCCGUGUCGAACCCCAGCAGCCCGCAGCCCAAGAAGUGGAACUGGCCUCUCGUUGGGGAAAAGGGGUGGACGAGCGAUGCGGGAUGGGGAUGCAUGCUCAGAACUGGACAGUCAUUGCUGGCAAACACUCUAUUGCACUUACACCUUGGUCGAGACUGGCGUCGACCGCCAUAUCCUAUUUAUACCGCCGAUUAUGCAACGUAUGUUCAGAUCAUUACAUGGUUUCUCGAUAAUCCUUCGCCAUUAUGUCCGUUCAGCGUGCAUCGCAUGGCGUUAGUCGGCAAGGAUCUUGGUAAGGAAGUCGGGCAAUGGUUCGGGCCGAGCACUGCUGCGGGUGCCAUCAGGACCCUCGUGCAUGCUUUCCCUGACGCCGCACUGGGUGUGUCAGUCGCAUCGGACGGCGCGGUGUACGAGUCGGACGUGUUUGCAGCUUCGAGGUCUAGCAGGGCUUCCUUGCGCAGAUACGGACAGACGUGGGGCGACCGUGCAGUCCUUGUACUCAUUGGAAUCCGCCUCGGCCUCGAUGGCGUCAAUCCUAUCUACUACAACACGAUCAAAGCACUAUACGAGUUCCCGCAAUCAGUCGGCAUUGCAGGUGGUAGACCGUCGUCGUCAUAUUAUUUCGUCGGAUCGCAGGCCGACAAUCUCUUCUAUCUGGAUCCGCACCACGCGCGGCCCGCCAUUCCUCUCCGCCCACCACCUCGCUCAGCAGAGUUGCCCUCCCUGGAACGCUGGGAGCGGCAGACAUCUCCUGGGACACUCACGUCCGAUUACGGGCCAGUGCGCGUUCCCCAGCACACUCGAUCCCCAACUGCACCAUCCGUGCGGUCAAGCGCAGGCUCCGCGUCGUCCGUUCUUUCCCAGCGCUCGCCACCGGUACCGUCACCGCUACAGCAGCAGCAGCUGUCGACGUCUUCCUCGAACUCAACGUCCCAGUCCUCUUCCGCACAGUCGCACGCGCGAUGGCAGUCGUCGAGCGCGUUGCCCGACGACUCUGAACUGGAUUCUCGCGACCUUGGAAUUGGCGCAGACCUGGACCCGUUGCAGCUCCAUUAUGUAACGGCGUACUCCGCCGCAGAGCUCAAAACGUUCCACUGUGACCGCGUGAGGAAGAUGCCGUUGUCGGGACUGGACCCUAGCAUGCUGCUCGGCUUCUUGUGCAAGGACGAGAAUGACUGGAAAGAUUUUCGCAAGCGCAUGAACGAUCUCUCACACACACACAAGACAAUAUUCACGAUUCAAGACGAGCCGCCAAGUUGGCCGUCCGACUCGGAUGAUAACAUGGGCCUCGAGUCUAUUUCUGAGCCAGACAUCGACAUGCCCGAAGAUGACGACGAGGACGCACUUGACGAUGACCGUUCCUCGAGCACGUCCCCUGACACAAGUGUGAGCGUACAAGACGGCGGCGCAAAAUCUGAGGCCGACACUGAGGAGGACCCCGUGGGCCCCAUCACGCCUGGCGCGGGCAAGAAUUCAUUAGACAUCCCGCAUCCAGCCAAGGGCACUGUGCCCCAGCCUAUCUCGCGUGAAUCCUCACUUGAUUUCGAUGACGACGAAGAUGAGGAGUGGAUGGACCCAUCGACGGACACACCGCCACUAUCUCCUGACGCAGAAGUGCCGCCACCGUCGCCAUCCUCACCGCCGGUGCAGGUGUAUGCUCCGCCGCUCGCACAGGCGACAUCUACAGGCUCAACGAUCAGUGCAAGUACUCACGCGAGCGGGAAGAAGCGGAGAAAAUUUAAGUCAAAGAAGUCAGGGUCCGGUUCAGGUUCUGCACUGCCUGAGCCACAGAUGCAGUUCCCGUUUCCCGCCACGCAGGCAGAGGAGCCGCUGUCAGAUGCUCAGCUGGAGGAGACGCGGAGCAAGCGGAUACCGCAGAUGCGCACGGCGAAGGCGCGCGAUGGCGGGCGCACACAGAGCGGUGGCGUGCGCGGUGUUCCCGCAGACGACAUGGACGACUUCUAG